AUGGGUGACCAAAAUCAAGUAUUAUCCCGUCCCAUUUUCCGCCGAGAUGUGAGCUGGGAUCCUUUCCCAAACUGGACACAGCCGAGUCGAAUCUUUGCGCAGGAUUUUGGCCUCCCUCCUUUCCUGGAGCCUAGUGAUCUGGACUGGAUAGACUGGGCAAAGAGGAGGCUGGCAUCUUUCUCCUGGCCAGGGUACACACAGACCCCUCUUCUGCCACCACUCAGGGGUCAGCACCCUGCAAACCAAAAAGGUCUGAGACAGCUGACCAGUGGGGUGUCAGAGAUCAGAACAGGUCAGGACAGCUGGAAAAUUAACUUGGACGUCAAUCACUUUUCACCUGAGGAGAUUACAAUCACAACCAAGGAGGGUUAUUUGCAAAUAUCAGGAAAUCAUGAAGAAAGGCAGGAUGAGCAUGGAUUGGUUUCAAGAUGCUUCACCCGUAAAUACAAGCUACCACAGGGAGUGGACUUGCGUCACAUCAGCUCCUCGCUGUCUGGUGAUGGAGUCCUGUCUGUAGAGGCCCCCGUCCCUGGAACAUCCAUCAGCGACACAGCCAAUGAGAUGGUCAUACCUGUUCAGAUCAAACAGGAGCAGGAUGAUGAAAAGUGA